AUGCCCGUCUCGCUCCACACUCCGCUCUCGGUCCCUCCCGUCGCAGCGCUGCCGCGCCGGGCGGCCAUGGCAGAAUUCUUCAGGUCAUUGAUCGUUACUACCAAGACAAUUGCUACGAUGAUAAUUCAUCCCUCGCUUUGCCAGGUUGAGGAAUUGCUUGCAUGGAUGGAGUGCCCAAAUUGCAAAUACCGCAUUGAUAAUACUGAUGUUUUAUCACAGUGGCCAGGACUCCCUGCUGGUGUCAAAUUUGAUCCAACUGAUCUCGAACUGCUUGAACAUUUAGAAGGAAAGGUUGGCAGGGCAGCGUCCCAUGUACUAAUAGAUGAUUUUAUUCCAACCAUAGGGGAGGCCCAAGGAAUCUGCUAUACACAUCCGGAAAAUCUCCCUGGUAUCAAGAUGGACGGGAGCACCGGUCACUUCUUCCACAAAGUAUCCAAUGCAUACGUUGUUGGCAAGCGUAAGCGUCGCAAGAUUAGCAAUAGUGACCACACUGUCUGUGAUGAGAAUAUCAGAUGGCACAAGACUGGAAAAUCCAGAUCUAUCUUAGAUAAUAACGGUGUCAUAAAAGGAUGGAAGAAAAUAUUGGUUCUUUACAUUGGUUAUCGGAAAGGAGGUGGCAAGACAGAGAAAACUAAUUGGAGAAUGCAUCAGUACCACCUUGGGGUAGAUCAAGAUGAAAAGCAGGAGGAGCUUGUUGUUUCCAAAGUCUUUUAUCAGGUGCAGUCAAUGAAUGCUGGGCAGUCUCUAGUGUGCGGUGUUAGUGAAGAAUUCGAUUCAUUUGCUGGGGAAGACGAUCCUACAACCACAAUGACAUACCCUCUGCAGACUCGUUGCCCAAACGGUAGCCCAUCCGGAACCGAGCAGAAUCAGGAGGAGGGAGAGUCCCGCAUGUCAACUGUUCGGGAAGCCGUGGAAUGGCUCGCUGGAAGCUCGUCGCAUGCCGUGGAGGACGCACCACUGUCUGGCCUGGAUGAACACCUGUCAAGCGGCGGGACCGCCUACCCUGACCCUGAGGGGCAGCCUCUGCCGCUUGACGCGGAGGCGCUCCAGGAGUUGCCCGACCUCGGAGCGCCUCCGGAUAUCCCCCUUCCACCCGACAUGAAUUUGGAGUCGCAGGAUAGCAUGGAGAUGUGGCUGGCCAGCGUGUUAACAGAGGAUGAGGAGGGGUUUGAAGUAGCGGAGCAACGAGAAGAGGCCGGUUUUUCUCCGUGA